UUCAUUCCAAAAUUGAGCCAUUUCUAAUUAGUUAAAUCGAAAGGUAAAGUUUAAUUGGGGGAAUAUUCAUGGCAGAACACUGAAACAACACGACCGCCACGGAUUCAUCGUCCUCGGCUCAAAGAAAUUUGAUUUUAGAAGGUGGGAUUCGGCAUCUCCGCCCCCAUCAGGGUUGCAGUCGCUGUCUCUAUAUUCCCCCUCCUCACCAUUUUAUCUCUUUCUGUCAAAAACAAUUUUAUCAUUUCGUUUGUUAUUUAUUGAUCCAUCGCCGCUUGUCCAUGCGCUCACAACCCUAUAUAAAUCGCCUGGGAACAUUGUUUCUAUCGUUUUCUUGAUGUUUUCUAUAACAAACACCAUCAACGAUUACCUAAUAAGUUUUUGUUUUCUCGGUUCAUUUUGAAAACCCUGGUAUUUGGGGAUUCUUUUGUGAGAAUAAGAAAGAGAUAAUGGCUCAAAAUGGUCAGGGGAUAGAGCCUGCUUUACUUGAUGAUAUAAUCAAUCGGCUAUUGGAGUUCCGGCAGGCGAGAACGGUUCGCCAGGUUCAGCUGUCGGAAUCGGAGAUCCGUCAACUUUGCACCGCUUCUCGAGAAAUAUUUCUUCAACAGCCUAAUCUUUUAGAGCUCGAGGCUCCGAUUAAGCUAUGCGGUGACAUUCAUGGGCAAUAUGGUGAUCUUUUGAGGUUAUUUGAAUACGGAGGAUUCCCACCAGAGUCAAAUUACUUAUUCCUAGGGGACUAUGUGGAUCGUGGCAAACAAAGUCUAGAAACAAUCUGCCUUCUACUCGCGUACAAAAUCAAAUACCCUGAAAACUUCUUCCUUUUAAGAGGCAACCAUGAAUGUGCUUCUAUCAACAGAAUAUACGGAUUCUAUGAUGAAUGCAAACGCCGUUUCAAUGUUAGACUUUGGAAAACUUUUACCGAUUGUUUCAACUGUCUCCCAGCAGCCGCUUUGAUUGAUGACAAGAUCCUAUGUAUGCAUGGCGGGUUGUCUCCGGAUCUAACAAAUCUGGAUCAAAUAAGGAAUCUGACCCGCCCGACUGACGUCCCGGAUUCGGGUUUGCUUUGUGAUUUGCUUUGGUCGGAUCCAAGUAGGGAUGUGAAAGGGUGGGGGAUGAGUGAUAGAGGGGUUUCUUAUACUUUUGGAUCUGAUAAAGUGGCUGAGUUUUUGAUGCAACAUGAUAUGGAUCUUGUCUGUCGUGCACAUCAGGUUGUGGAAGAUGGGUAUGAGUUUUUUGCGGAUAGGCAGCUUGUGACGAUAUUUUCUGCUCCAAAUUAUUGUGGGGAAUUUGAUAAUGCGGGUGCAAUGAUGAGUGUUGAUGAAAGUUUGAUGUGUUCUUUUCAAAUCUUGAAGCCGGCUGAUAGGAAACCAAGAUUCUUAUGACAGAAAAGCUUUUAAGAAUCCCCCCAAUGCUGGCUGCUGUUUUAGUUUUUUUUAUUUUUCUGUACUUUUUUUUUUUUUUAAUUGAAGUGUUGCUGUUUUAAAUGGGAGUUCCAAGCUGGUGCUAUGGAGAUAUAUUCAGAUGAUCAAGUGCCAAAUUUUCAAUUUGUCAUGAUUAUCGAAUCACUUUUGUUUGUGUGUGGGUUGUUGCCUAAUUUUACGACACUGUAAAUACAUUUGGCGUUGUAAAUUUUGUCAACGCGGUAGUUCAUUGUUGUUGACUCAUGAAAUUUCUCAAUAGACCAUUCUAAUUGACCCC